CGCGCCGUUCAAUGAACGAUGGAGUCCAACCGCUUGGCUGUGAUUGGUCAGAUUUUCAAGAAUUACUUGAGCAUGCGUCAAGAAUUCAAGUGUUUGGGUGUUCUGUGAUCAGGAGAGAGGUAGUUGAUUCAUAUUCCACAUGUGACAAUUUUGGAAUAAUAACAAAAUCGUUGGAAAUAAAAGUGGCUGAGAGGCAAAAGUAAACAAAAACAAGUUCGGAAGUUAUCGGCAGUUAUAUUCAAUUGAAUUUACUUUUCAGACUUGGUGUACUUGAGUUAAAUUUGGUGGAAUAUGUGUGCUUUCCCUUCAUAACCUAUAACUAAUAUUAGUUCUAUCAGAAGGACAAUAUUACGUAAAAUUUGUGAUUUUUCGAAGAAAACCGGUACAGUCAUUUGUUUAGGAGAUUCAGGAGAGUUUGUAAAUGUUGUCUCUGAAAUAAUCUGCAAAAAUUUGAAUUAAAGCUUUUGUGUCUACUCAGUAUGGAUAUGAUAGAUUCUUUCAGAGAUGGGGAGCAAUUCUCCACAUUUGAUACUUGCAAUUAUGUGGAAAACUAUCUAGACGAUUCGACCAGUCUGGACAAUCUUCCCAACUUUGGACAAAAUGACAUGUAUGAAUGGAAUAUGGAUGUUGAAAGGGAGAUAAAUGGAGAUAUAGCACUAAUUCCAAUGACUGUUUCGAGGUUAAAUGAUUCAUCUCCCAACGAUUUUCAAAAAAUCAUGAAUGAUUGGCAGACGUUUAUUAGUACGGAUCUUGUUAGCGAUGAAUUCCGGAUGGAGGAACCUAUAAUUACUCCAGAAGAAACAGAAAAUGAAAUGGUACAACAAAGUAACUCACCCUUAAAUGAUUAUUUUAAUUUACCUGUUGACGAAUCAUUUGAUUUAACCUCCUAUAUAGUUCAGGAUGAAAGUGUACCUCCUGCAAACCCUACAUUCAGUAGUUCAGAGAAAAAACUAAAGGCACCUGUCAAAAAAAUUGAUCUGAAAGCUCAGCGUUACAUUGUUGAUGAUGAUGAAGAUGAGGUGGAUGUUGAGACUAUAUCUGAAAAUGAGGAGAAUUUGGCGGUUCACAAAGAGGAAAAUCCAACCGUUCUUGAGGCUUGUGAUCUCAAUAGUUUACUUGAACAAUUUGAGGCAACUGUUCCUCAUUUACCUAUCAACAUUAUUGAAAAUGAUUUUGAACCAUAUGAACUGCCCAAUAUUUCAAUAAAACCUGAAGAAAUACUGAUGGAAAAUAAUAUAACUGAUUCUGGUUCAAUAACGAUGCCAGAAAUUUUUUCAGUGGAACAGUUGGGAAAAAUUCAACAAGUUGAUAUGAUCGGGACAGAAUUAAAAGAAACAGAAAUUCAAACAAAUGAACAGAAGGGUAGUUUUGUAGCGAAACAAGAAAUAAAUUUUGAAGCUACUCUUCAAAAACUUGAAAUUGAGGGUUUGAAAGAGGAGUGUAACUAUUCCAGCAUUGUUAAGGUGAAAGAUGAGCCUUUAUGUGGACAAGAAAACAUAAAGAAUAAAUUGAAACCAAACAAAGAAAUUGUUAAAACAGAAAGAGGAACCUCUGAUCAUCAUAAAAUUCCUCAAGUUAAUGUUGAGGGGAAUAAUCCUCUUUCAGAAACAAAGUACAUUAAAGCUGAACAAGUGAAACAACUUAAUAAAAAUCAUAAAGAUAACAAGCAAUCUUCUGGAAAAAACACAUUGUUACAAAUCUCAAAUAGUGGAAAAAAAACUAAAUAUGACUUCAGCUGUGCAAUUCCAAAUAAGACCACCUUAUCAAGAUCGCUGUCAUCAGCACAACAAAACAGUGCUCAAAAAAUUCACAAAAAUCCCGAAUCAACUACCUCUCCGUCACAAUUGGAUCCAGCUGGAAAUAAACAAAUUAUGGAUUCAUUACCCCAAGAAUUAAUAGCUCGUAUAAAGGAAUCUGGAAAACGUAAAACUAUAUCUGUAAUUCCCCCGAUGCCUGCCAAAAAACGUGGGGGACCUCGCAUGCAUGACGCUAUGAUGGCGUCUAACAAAGAGAAUAGAAACACCAGUAGGGCGGACACUGUCCAACUUGAUCAUGACUAUUGUAGUUUAGCUACCCCUUACCCCAAACAUCCAAAGAAGGAUUCUGGAUUUGAAUCUGCAGAAGAAGAUGAUCGACCUAUUAUUGGUAAACAACCAACUGUCAAAAAUGCUGAUGGCAAGUUGAUGGUAUCACUGUUGAAGGUUAAUACCAUACACAAUAACAAAUCCACACAGAAGAAGAAGCUCAACUUGGAGGAAUACAAGAAACGAAGAGAGGGCUUCCUGAAAUACCAAAAUAAUUCCCAGAACUGUUCGCCUAACACCAGUAGUUGUAGCUCUCCUUUACCAGAAGAUGAAAACACAAAAAGAAUUCGUCAUCAACAGAAACUCAUGAAAAUGGCAAUGGAGGUGUUGAACACUCCACCUAGACCUGAGAAAAAGGCAGAAUUACCUCUAAAGAUAACUCCACCUCAACCAGUAAAAGUCCCAGUUGACAUGGUGAAGAAGACACUUGUUAGUGUGGGUGUGAAUACUGGUAUCAAGACACGUCGUAAAAAAUUGGAUCCUUUAGCUCCUGUAGAACAACUUGAUGAAAUAAAACCAUUGUUGCAAAAAGUCAGUGAUAAAAUUAAUUCAAACUCUCUCAUAACUUCUGUCAUUGAAAAUAUUCCAAAGGUUAUAGACAGUUGUGAUCAACAAGAACUGAAAGCAGAGGUUCCCGUUGACAAAUUUGAACAUGGUGAAGAUAAAACAAUUGUAUAUUUACCUAAGGAUAGGGCUACUGUACAAACGAGAUCUAUUGAAUGCCAAACAAAUAUUUCUCUUAUCCAACAGACGAAAGCUAGUAGGUACCGAAGGAGGAGGACUUCUUCCUCUUCAUCCUCUUCUUCAGAUUCUUCUAGUGAGAGCCAAGAAAGUCAGACUUCCAAUCGACCCAGCAGAAAGAGAAGUACUGAGAGUUCACGAAGCAGUUCACAGAGUUCUAGAAGUUCACGAAGCUCUCAUAGUAGUGCCUCUCACAGGUCAUCAUCCUCAUUUUCAUCCAGAUCUUCCAACCGUUCAAGAACAAGAUCGCGAUCCCCGUCACCAAGAUACUCUCGUAAAGAGAGAGAACGUUUACUAGAAGUUGAAGAGCGUCGUGUAAUAUAUGUGGGGCGUAUUACUCAUGGUACGACAAGAGAUGACUUGAGAAGGAGAUUCCACAGGUUUGGCCCUAUAACGAAUAUAAGUCUCCAUGCACGUGACCAUGGGUAUCUAGACAACUAUGGUUUUGUUACAUUUGCCAAUAAAUUAGAUGCAUAUGAGGCUAUAGAGCACGGUAAUGAUGAUCCAUGGCAACCUAAAUACGACUUGAGCUUUGGAGGUCGUAGAAUAUUCUGUCAAACCACAUAUUCAGAUCUAGAUAAUAUGCGUGAUGAAAGUGGAUAUUUUGCUCCAAGAGCUAGUGAAGAUUCUUUCGACGCAUUGUUGAAAGACGUUCAGGAGAAGUUGCGAAAACGUAAAGCUUGACGGUUAUUAUGCUUUACUCAAAUUUUAGGCCAAAUUUGUAUUUUAAUUUUAUAUUUUUAGGGAUUCAAAUUUGAUUUCACUGUUUUUGUUUUAACAGUAUUGGAAUCAUGUAUUUACUUAUUUAUCAUAGUAUAAUUAAUUCAUGACAAUUAUUUUGAAAU